AUGGGUGGUGGCGAGAAAAGCGUGAAAAGAAAGGGCACAAUCGGCAGAAGCAGUAGCGGCGACGGCAGCAACAAACCAUCCAGCAACAUUAGCGGUCAACACAACAGCAGAAACGACAAUGACAACGGCACCAAGAGUGACAAGAGUGACAAGAUGAGUGGCGACAAGAACACGAAGAAAAACGGCAAGGGUUGCAGAAACAAGGGCUUCGAGGACGACGACAAUGUUCCGGCCGGCUCGUGGGUCCAGCACCUGCACAAACAAGGCUACAUGUUCUGGCGCAACAACCACACAGGAGAGUGCACCCGCGAUCUCUUCUUCGGCCCAUGGGGAUCCUACCCGACCGUGCAGUACCGGGAACUCGUCCCUGCCUCUUUCGCGCCGACAUUCGUCGACAAGAAUGAGGAAAAUGCAUCCGCAACAGUUGACAAGGGCAAGGGCAAGGGUAGCAAGAAGGACGACGAGGAGCAGCAAGGGCCGCCCCCUGCGAUCUGGUUUGUGAGUCUACUACCAGAGCUCCAACCGUGGGAGGAGAUCUACCAUCCGGUGACCGGAGAGAAGCACUGGCGCCACCGCGCCACUGGGGAGGAGAGGCAAAAAGAUCCCCUCUGGUAA